GGAGCGCGGUCCGUGCGGAGUGCUCGUCAUGGCCGGCGUGGAGCUGUUCUCGCACCCAGCGCUCUACACGCGCUACCGGGCCGGGCUCUGCUCCGCUGCGGCACUGGCGCUGUUGCUCAUCACCGCGCUCACUUAUGUGCCGCCGCUGCUGGUGGCCUACCGGAGCCACGGUUUCUGGCUGAAGCAGAGCACGUACCUGGAGCAGCCCACUGUGCGGUUCCGGUACGAGGUUCUCCUCGUCGCAACCAUCGGGCCCAGCCCGGGCAGCUUCUUGGCGUGGAGCACGUUCCCAGCGUUCAACAGGCUGCAGGAGGACCGGCUCCGAGUCCCGCUCCUGGCGACUAGAGAAGAAGACAAAAAUCAAGAUGGCAAGAUGGAUCAGUUGCAUUUUGAAUUGGAACUUCCACUCCAACCUACAGAGCAUGUAUUUGGCAUUCAGCUGAUUCUACUCUUUUCCUACCAGCUUUAUAGAAUGUCAACAUUUGUGAUGCAGAGCAUGGCUUUUCUUCAGUUUUUUUCUCCUGUGCCAGGGUCUGGGCUCUAUAUGAAUGGAGACCUGAAAUUGAACCAGAGGCAAUUACUUAACCAUUGUGGACUGGAUACCAGAUACAAUGUGUCUGUGGUCAAUGGCACAAGUCCUUUUGCAAGUGACUAUGAUCUAACAAACAUCAUUGCAGCAUAUUGGGAUAGAAAUGUGACAACAGUCUUUUCAGAUCCCAGCCCUGUAUGGAUGACAGGAAGAGCAACAGAUACACCAUUUAUCAUUAAUGCCACUAUUCAUUAUCCAGUGGAAGUUAUUUUAUAUCAGCCAGGAUUCUGGGAAAUUAUUAAAUUUGCCUGGAUCCAGUAUGUCAGCAUCCUCCUUAUCUUUCUUUGGGUGUUUGGUAGGAUUAAGAUGUUUUUGUUCCAGAAUCAGGUGUUGACUACAAUUCCAGUAUCAUCAGUUCUGCCAGUCUCUCCAGUACUAUCCUACAAACAGCACCAGUCCUGAGGAGAUGCCUGAGAACACUUUAACGAAAUGCAGUUCAAAAAUAGUCACCUGCUUUUAUUCUCUAUUCACUUUUUACUUUGGAAGAUCAGAAUUUUGUAAGUAUGUUUCAAGUAUGCUCUGUUUGUGCUUCCUUUUUAAAUACAUGUUCAUUCAUCUAAUUUUUCUGGGAACACUGCUUUGGAACUGAAAAUUUUAAUUUUUUUGACAAUUAAGAGUUAAAGAAGAGCUUAGUUAUUUUUUUUUGCAACUUGACCGUGCUUUAAAAGCCAGUAGGAAGCAAUGAGUCUGCUUUUGCAUUAUCUUAAUUUUGCUACACCUUGAAGACUGAAAAUAAUAUGCUAAAAGUAACAAUAUAAACUGUUUUUACUGUCUUGUGAA